UAAUAUCAACUAGGCCAAGAUGGCGACCAGGAAGUCACGAAAAGACGACGCUGCGCCAACUGAGGAGAGAAACGUGGAAAAUCUCGUUCAAGAGUUCAUAAAACUGAAACAAGAUGCCAAGAAAAAAGGACUGAAGAACGCGGAGGUCCGCGAGAUAUUUCUGGGGAGGAGGAAACCCUCGAAACGGGCGGCCACAUGGGUGGUUCGUGUGGUUGUCGGGAUUCUGUUUCCCUGUCUCCUCGCAGUGGGGCUACAGUUGCACCAAAACGACUUCGACCUGGAAAACCUGAUGGAGAGCCUGACGUCGUCCCCGUGUGCCGUCGAAUUCCCCACACUUCUGGAUGAGAUGACCAGGCCGAUCGCUGACUGCAGCAUGUGCAAAGGUAUUCGUUCCGCCCCUGUUUUGGAGAACAUUUCGAAAGAAGACUUCCUGCAAAAGUACGCCUACUCUGGUGUCCCUUUGCUGGUUAAAGGUGCAACCAAGUCGUGGACCGCCAUGGAAGCCUUCAGUUACGAGUUCCUCAAGGACCUGUACGAAGGAACGGAAGGGGCACUGGACGCGGUGAACGAUGACUGUCAGUUCUUCCCGUACAACACUGACUUUGGAUCUCUGGAGGAGGCCUUCAACAUGUCUGAUGCCCGGUCGGAGCUGAGAGAGGGGGAGGAGUCCUGGUACUUCGGAUGGAGCAACUGUGACCAGACUGUAGCGUCAGCCCUGAGGAAGCACUACCAGAAGCCAUACUUCCUACCUGAUGACUCGGAGUCCAGUAUUACUGACUGGCUGUUCAUGGGCUGGUCUGGUGUGGGAGCUAGUAUACAUAUUGACCAUGUGGACCGGCCGUCCUGGCAGGCCAUGAUCCUGGGGAGUAAGACCUGGACCCUGAUCCCCCCUCCUGAGUGUGAGGAUGUCUGUUACACCUUCAACAUCACCCUCAACCAGGGAGACAUCAUUAUAGUGGACACAAACCAGUGGUUCCACAGCACCUACAUCCACCCAGGACAGCUCAGCCUCACCAUUGGCUCUGAGUAUGAUUGAAUCACAGACCACAACCAAUCAGGGUCUGCGAAUAGCAGCAACUCCUGGUAGGCAGAUUAUCAAAACAAUCCAUUACAUUCAUCAAUUCAGCUAUUUUGUGUGGUUCAUUUUUACAGUGAAAAUGAUAUGGCUUGGAAUUGGUUCUGCAACAGGUUGUUACAGCUAUUGGGGGGGGGGGGAUAAAUGAGAUGAAAGUAGACUGCUUUUAGGAGCGUUAAAAUAUUGUACUACCUUGCUUCUCUUAAAAGAUUAUGUCAUUGAGUGAAAAUUCUUUGACUAUAUUUCUGUGCAAUUUCUAGAAAAAAGACUAAGAUAAUUCAUAAAUGAUAUUUUUGGCCAAGGCCUGUUGUCACUGAUAUUUUGAAUGAUGGAAAUAUCUCCUUGAUGCGUAAGAUUUAAUGGGGGACAGGGGGAGUACACGUGCAGUAGCAGUGACACGAUGUCGAUCUUUUAAAUCAAAUUUUAAAACCGUGUUGCUAUGACAGCACAACAUUAUUCACUUACAGUUUUACUAGAAAAUAGAACCUUAAAUAUUAUAUGCUGCUUUGUAUAAGUUUUACAUGGUGUCUGCCAGGUUUUAUCUAAGGUUCUGGUACCAUAUAGCAAAUGACAAUGAUGAGGAUGAUGAUAGAAUCAUGGCAAUUACUUACUAGCAUAAUGCAAAAUUGUAAUGGUGGGGUGACAGGUUUUAAAAGCAAAAUGACAUGGAUAUGAUUUUAUACAGAAAUGAUGUUGUGAUUAAGUCUGCAGUAUGAUAGUGAAGGCUAUUACUUUGUAGUGAGUACAUCAUUUUCUUUUUUGGCUAUAACUGUAACCGGAAAAAAGAUAGGGCUCUUUUUUUUUGCUCUUAUCAUCAUGCAACUUGUGUGCUUUUGUGAAAACUGCUGCUACUAUGUCUGGCAUCUGAACAGAAUAUUUUUUCACUUUUACAACUGAAAUGGGAAAUAUUUCUUAAGAGGAUCUAUAUAUUGUUUUAAAGGAAACCAGGAUGGAAUUUAUAUGUAGUUGGAAGGAGCUUAUUAAAGUUUAUAAGAAAAGCAA